AUGGAAAGACAAGAAUUCUAUAAUCUCGUCUACGGCAAGACAAAGGUGCCGCGAAGACCUCCGAUACCAAAUUUAAAUCAGUUCACAAGUAAUGACUACGAUAAAAAUCCAUUACUUAAAUUUAGUACGCAGAAAGUGCGAACGCGUGAAGUAGUUGAGUUAAUUGCAAACUCUGCCGAUAAUUCGCGUACCAAAGAAUUAUUAAUGAGGGAUGUCGAUGAUAAGAGUAUUGAGACACGUUAUCAUCAUCUUGACUUACCAGAAUCAUUUUACAUCCACAUUGCAAAAUUUUACGGAAAUUCUAUACCUACAGUUGAACAUCCGAUAGAGUGGGAAGAAAAUAUUUUGCGAUUAAUCCCAAAGAGUAUUAGAUCCAAAUACCCGCAUAUUGUGGAACAAAUAAUCCAGGAGACGAGACAGAAGUAUUUUGAAGAAAUGCAUGGAUUUGGAAUCAAAAUGGUACUACAUCCAAGCUUAAGAAAAGACGAUCUUGAACUUUCACCCAUCGAGACUCCCUUUGCUCACGAAGGCCGGACCAAAAAUUAUGAAAAUUUUUUGAAAAAUCGUAACUUUAUCAGAGGACAGUAUUUUUUAUCCCACAAAUUGAUUAGGGUAAUCAAAGCAAAGGCAUACUCUGGACUUCCGGAAAAGUUCCUACAAUUUUCUCGCUAUCACAGCUUGGGACUACUAGAGUUACACAAGCUGAAGGACGCCAUUGCCAAAGAUCUUCGGAACAGUGGGCUUCUAAUAAUGAGGCGUUAUUACGACGAAGUAGCAAAACUAUUAAAGCGAACAAAGUAUCUUGAUCUAGCCUGCAUGGUAAAAACCUUGGCGCAAUUCUUACGCUGUGCUACAAGGCUGUUUGUCCAGGAAAUCCUGAAUCGCAUGAUCACGACCGUGGAAGACCUAAUUGAAGUUCUGGGUAAUCCACAACAGUGUCCACGCUUAAAGCUCGAGCUCAUUUGCACGAAUUGCGAACUCGUCAUGAAUCCAUGUAUCGAGGAGAUCUACCAAAGCUAUCACCAAAUUGUAGAGGAUGUGGCAAACUUAGGCCAGGAACUUACUCCCUUCGAGUAUUGGCUGAAAAUAAAAACCAAGAAAAACUACAUGGACGUAAAACUACCAAAAUGGUUUAGAAACGAAGCCCACGAGAGAUUGCAAACAAUCCUAGAAAAAGUCUUUCAUCCUGUGAACUCUCAUUGUGCCCGACAUAAGAGUAAAUUCGAUGUCGUAUGCAGACCGGAAACUGAAGCCGAAAUCGUGGAGUUUGUUAGCGAAUACCGCGAGUUCCACGAAUGCUGCGUUGAAGUGAAAAGGUUUAUUGGCUUCAUAAAAGAAACCAACGAAAUGGUCGCGAACGAAUAUUACGCAGUUGGCCGACUUGGGCAAGCCAAUGCAAAGUCAGUCCUGAAAACAAAAACUGCAAAAAUCGUUGGCAUCGUUGUCAAAGAGCUAGUGAGGCAUCAUCAAGAGUAUAAUAAGUCGAUAUGUAAUACUUUCGAAAAGUUGACAGCGAAGGCAUUGAACGUACCGAAUAACGCCAAGGAUCUAUUCCUGCUGACUGAAUAUAUGGCGUACGCUUCCAGCGUACUAAUUGGGGAACUUGAAGAGAAGAUUCGGUGCUCUAUUGAAAUGUUGGACUCAUUAAUAGGGAUUGCUACUCUGGAUGAUUCGCAUCUGGAGCUGAACAGACAAACGAUAAAUUGGCUUAUUAAAAUCGGCCCAGUGUUCGAAGAAAGUGCCAUACUGUGUGAGGCAACCAAAUGCGAGCUAGAAGACGAACUGCAGCGGCGCAUAAACGUGCUCAACGAAGAAGUCGACAAGUUUUUCCCGAAAUUAGUAAUUCUCGAUGAUAUGGACGACGCAAAACGCAUUCGAGAGUACGUCGACGACCUCAGUAUGUUGAUGCGACACGUUGAAGGGAUAGACGAACAGAUAAGUUGGAUCAAUCUGGAGGAGAGGCUAUUUAAGUUUCCGGAAACAACUUUCACCAAGGUUAAUGAGGUGAAGGAAACGAUUGAGCCAUUCCACACCCUCGUUCGUUUGAUCUAUAGAUGGAAACGUGACAAUGACGUAUGGCUUGAUGGACCUUUCGAUUACCUAGAUGCGAAUGUGAUCAAGCAGAAAACCGACGAGUAUUUUGCCCGUUUUGGUGAAAUUAGUAGAUCCUAUCGCACAAAGUUAAAGGCGGACCUGGCGGCGAACAAAUCUUAUCGGUUUUCAGGGAUCGUCGAUGACCCAGAUCCCAUGCAACAACCAGCCCCGCUGAAAUUGUGUUGGCAGGUGAUCAAGGAAGUGAAUGAUUUCAACCAAUACGUUCCCCUGGCGAUGUGCUUCUGUAACCCAGCACUGGUUAAACGGCACUGGGACGAAAUGUCCGUGAUUGCUGGUAUCGACCUCGUCCCGAAUGCUGGAACUACUUUGCGAAAAAUAAUUGGAUUCGAUCUAACGCACGACAUCGAAAAGUACCAGGUGAUAAGCAUUGGAGCAAAUAAAGAACUAGCUCUUCAGCAACAACUUGCAGCCAUGAUAAACGAAUGGGAUCCUCUAAUCUUGAGAACGAAGCCGGUCACGAACACCGAUCUGAGAGUUUUAAUAGAGCCGGAAGACGUAGAGAUCCUCCUUGCAGAGCAACUGACCAAGAUUGAGGAGAUGGGUGCCUCAUACUUUGUGAAACCUAUCGAGCGUGAGGUUGCAAGCUUUAAAGCCACCCUAAAAACAAUCGGAAAAACACUGGAUAGAUGGAUCGCCCUGCAGUACCGAUGGCUAGAUCUUCGUUCGAUCUUCGCCAGUCGAGGAAUCAAAUCGGAACUUUCCAGGGAGUCUAGGCUGUACGCGUCGAUCAGCAUGGUACUCAGCUCCGCUCUGAAUAAGAUUUCGAAGGAUCCCCGCGUGCGCGUCGUAGCGGAGAGCCAAGAUUUCCUUUCAUCCGUGCUCCGCAGUACUGAAGACAUGGAAAGGGUCAAUGAAGGCAUUCGUCGCUAUCUUAUGACUAAAAGGCUGCGAUUUCCACGAUUCUUCUUCCUCUCGGAUAAAGAAGUACUGCGGACUCUAUUCGAUUUCUGUGAUUCAACGCAGGAUCCCCAGCUCUGUCUUACCAAGUGUUUUCACGGGCUAGCAAGACUCACUGCGAACCCAGACCCCCAGAGCUAUUCCAUUACUGGUCACGACAGUGAAGAAAUUUGCAUUCAAGGGUGCAGUUUCCAAUCACUGAUGGAUACCGGUCGUACCGAGGAUUGGCUAAUCCGUGUUGAACGUGAUAUAGUAACAACCUUGCAGGAAAAAAUUCGAACCAGUUGUAUGGAAUACAUAGAAAAGAAUGCUGCAAAGGAAGAUGCUGAUUUUAGAAUCGCCUGGAUUUUCACCUGGCCAGGAAUGGUCUCUCUUUGUGCAACUCGCAUCUUUUGGACAUCCCAAGUGACGGCAGCUCUGUCCGACCGUAAUCUGAAAGCUCUCACCGACUAUAAAAGAGACAUCGAAAUGCAAAUUGUUGGUCUGGUAAAAGAGACCAGAAAACUAUUGUCGCGAAAACAACGGCUCGUUUUGGUAACAAUGAUCGUCGCAGAGCUUCAUAACAUGGAUAUCGUAAAGGAGCUUAUUGAGAAGAAAGUCGAUAGGCAGGAGGACUUCGACUGGCAGGUUCAGCUGCGAUACUACCUCGAAGGUGAGGAUCAACUAACAAAGACGGUUGUCGUAAGAAUGAUGGAUGCAACAAUGAACUACGGCUACGAAUAUUUGGGUAAUGAAGCAACGUGUCCAAUCAUCGUGACACCUUUGACUGACAGAUGCUACCGCACCUUAGUCGAGGCUCGAAGCUGCUGCUUGUAUGGCUCGCUGGAAGGCCCCACGGCCACGGGGAAGACGGAAACUGUUCGAGGACUCGCCAGGGCUUUGGGCGUUCAGUGUGUUGUCGUUGGGUGCUCCGAGCACAUGGACUACGUCUGCAUAGGAAACAUCAUGAAGGGCGUUGCCAGCUGUGGUACUUGGGUGUGCCUUGAUGACUUUCACUGGCUUGAUCCAGAGGUCCUAUCCGUUGUGGGACAGCAAAUGCAGGCAAUUACUCGAGCUAUUCGCACUUCAGCGAAGCGUUGUGAUAUAGAGGGUACCAGUCUGAGGUUGAAUCUCACAUGUAAUAUUUGCGUAACCUUGGACUCAGGACACAAGUUGAACUCUAUACCGGAGGCUUUACAAGUGCCAAAAUUCUUGCCAGACGACUAG